AUGGCUACAGAUUCAUCUCAAAACAACAAUCAAAUAAAUAUAAGUGAAAAUAGUAUUUUACUCGAUAAAACAACAAUGUAUAUGGAUGAAGAAGGUGAAGCAAACGUAUCAAAAUCAAACGAAAAAACAAAUGUUGAAGUACCAUUAUUAUUAAAUAAUGAAACAUUAACACGUAGAACUUCAUUAUCAUCAACGAAUUCAAAAACAAGUAAUUGUCCUGAUAUAUGUCGAAUAUGUCAUGGUGAAGGGACAAAAGAUGAACCAUUAGUAUCUCCAUGUUUAUGUUUGGGUACAAUGCAAUAUUUACAUCAAUCAUGUUUACAACGUUGGAUUAAAAGUUCCGGUUUAAAAUCAUGUGAAUUAUGUAAAUUUGAAUUAAUAAUGCAUUCAGAAAUAAAACCAUUUAAACAAUGGCAAAAAUUAGAAAUGAAUGUUGUUGAAAGACGAAAAGUAAUGUGUUCUGUUGCAUUUAAUUUAAUUGCUGUUACUUGUGUUCUUUGGGCACUUUAUGUUUUAAUUGAAAAAACACGAGACGAAGUUAAAGCUGGAAAACUUCAAUGGCCAUUUUGGACUAAAUUAUUUGUUGUAGCCAUUGGAUUUACGGGAGGAUUGGUAUUUCUUUAUGUUCAAUGUAAGAUGUAUCUGCAGCUUUGUAUUCGUUGGAGACAAUUUAAUCAACGUAUAAUUAUUCAUUCAAUUAACGAACAACGACAACAUGAAGCUAAAUCUUCCGGAAUAAAAAGUACAAAUAAUAAUAAUAAUACUGACAAUUGUAUAGUGACAGUACUUGAUUUAAAUAAUUUACCUCCAUUAAAUUCCAAUACAUCAUUAACAACAAUAGUUGGUAAUAGUUCAAGAGAUUCAACUUCUCGUCAAUCGUUAAUUAUUGAUCGUAAUCAACGUCAUGAAAAUAAUUCUAAUCGAAAUGUUUUACAUCGAUUUUCAAUAUUUCAUCGAUCGGAUCAAUCUGAAACAUAA